UGGUUUAACCGUGUCUGACCUAAAGUAUUGGGUAGUUUAAACUAAUCGGUUCAAGAAGAUGAAGUUAGAAGUGCGACAUUGAUUAUUAAGAAAUGUGUUUCGUUAUAUAAUGGUUAUUCAUAAACGUACUGUAUAUAUCAAAAUAUAAAGACCAUAUGCAGCAUGGCAAGCACUUCAAGUGAUGGUGUGCCUUAUUAUGGUUCUGUAAGCGAUGCCACGCCCUUCAUUAAAAAUGGAGUCAAAGCUACAAUUACGAAAACGCCAGAAAAGCCUCCAAAGGAGAAACCAGGGAAAGAAGGAAGAGGGAAGGCUUUUAAGCAAAUAGUCGCGGCUUUGAUUGUCAACUUGGGGACUAUUAAUACUGGUAUGGCGUUUGGAUUUUCCGCGACGGCGCUGCCGCAACUGAAGAGUGGUAAUUCAACUCUGACGAUUACUGAAAGUGAGGCCAGUUGGAUUGCUAGUUUAAGCGCAGUGGGUACACCAAUAGGCUGUAUUCUAAGUGGUUACUUGAUGGACAACAUAGGCAGACGACGCACUCUCAUAUUUACUGAAGUGCCUCUCAUAAUAGGAUGGAUCACGAUAUCCUUCGCCCAGAAUGUUAUAAUGAUCUAUAUUGGUCGGUUGUUGGUGGGUCUCGGGUCUGGUAUGGUGGGUGCCCCAGCCAGGGUGUAUACUUGCGAGGUAUCUCAGCCUCAUUUGAGAGGAAUGUUAGGAGCCAUGGCGUCUGUCGGCGUUUCUACUGGUGUUUUGAUAGUGUACAUAAUCGGCAGUGCAACAUCAUGGAACAUCUUAGCAGGCGUGAGUGCUAUCGUACCUAUAAUAUCACUCCUGGGUAUGUUUGUCCUUCCUGAGACACCGAACUACCUGCUAAAUCAAGAUAAGACGGAAAAGGCGGAAAAGUCCCUUUCGAAGCUUCGAGGGUCCACUUGCAACCUAAAUGAUGAAAUACAGAAAAUGAUUUCCUUUAAAGAGAAGAAUCACGUUGAACCGUUGAAGUCAACUCGAGAAAUAGUAAAGGCGUUGCUCGCGCCAUCGACCUUGAAACCGUUUGGAAUAUUGGCGUUGUACUUCUUCAUUUACCAGUGGUGUGGUGUUAAUACCAUCACUUUCUAUGCCGUCGAAGUGUUUGAGGCAUCCGGUGCGACGUUAGACAAGUAUUCCUUAACAAUAUCGAUGGGAGUGCUUCGAGUAAUAUUCACCGUCGUGGGAUGUAUUUUGUGUAGACGCUGCGGAAGGCGACCUCUUACGUUUGUAUCGUCUCUCGGAUGCGGUACUUCAAUGGUAGUACUAUCAGUGUACCUCUACUACGUGCAGUACUGGAAGGAGAAUAAUCUGCCACCACAAUAUUCGUGGAUCCCAGUAGCCAGUAUAUACCUCUUCAUGAUAUUCUGUACCCUGGGAUUCCUCAUUGUACCCUGGAUUAUGAUUGGCGAGGUCUAUCCUACGCAGGUUCGUGGCAUAGUCGGUGGUAUGACGACAUGUGUGGCUCACAUGUCAAUAUUCACCGUGGUCAAAACAUUCCCUCUACUUAAGCACUCGCUCAAUGACUAUGGGACUUUUGGCCUCUAUGGAGCUUUAUCACUUGCUGGCACCGCAUUCUUCUAUGUAUUUUUACCAGAGACAAAAGGCAAAACACUGCAAGAAAUUGAGGAUUAUUUCUCUGGAAGAAUUAAGAGUUUAUCCGGGAAAAACACACAGACCGAAAUUGCGUAGUUGGAUAGCAAUGUAUAGAAUUCUUAAGACAACGAAGUGAGUUAACGUUAAAUUUUUGUAUGAUAUUUUACAGCGCCACCUAUUGGUCAGAUUUGGAACUAUUUACUGUGGUAGCAUAAAUAGUUCUAACUAAUGAUAAAAAAGCCAUUAUCGUACCAUUAAUAUUUAGCAAAAAAUAAGUCUUAAUCUGGUCUUAUGGGUCAAAUGUGCCAAACUUCAUAUAGAAACAACUGUUUGAGAACUCUGGAAAUCAGAUUUAAUUUGAAAUUAAAUUUUGAUUGACGUUCUAGCAUGCGGACCAUAGAGAUAUUUUCUAAAUAUUGAACACAGAAAUGUGUCUGCUCCAUGCCCCAAUAGAUGAUUUGGGAACAUGAAUUAUGCAUAAUUAAUAUUGUAAUUUGAUAAAUCGUUAAUUAUGUGCCUUAAUAAAACGUGGUUUAAUAAAUUAAAUACUUUUAAUAAUUUAAAUUAUUUAUUCUGAAAUUAAUGCAUGUGCGAUUUCUACAAAACUGUGAUAACAUUACAUUAUUUUACCUAUUUUAUUUAAAGCUGAUAUAUAUCAUAAUGCCUAGUGCCAAUUAAGAAAAAUAGUGGCAUAUUCUACACCUCGGAAAAUACGUCAAAGUCACAUGAAAAUUAAUGUCUGAAAAUUUAGAAAUAGAGUUCUCGCCACCACUCAUUGCCGACGGAAACCCUGGAACUAAAUUUGUCGUUACAGUGAAAUAUUAUUUUAUCCGUUUUAAGGUAAAACAUUAGAAGCAAAUCUUGGAGAGUAGUUCGCGAAUUUCUUAUUAAUUUAUGUUACGUUGGGGUAAAAUAGCCUUGCACUUAGCACUAGCAACAUAUUACUACGCUGCGCUACUCGCUAGCGCCGCGUCUAUCGGCAGUCAGUGGUGGCGCGGACUCUAUACGAUAAUUCAUUGUUUACGUAACUUUUUUUUGACCUGACAAAAAAGUUUUUGAUCUCGGCGAAGUCCACAUAAAUACUGGCAAUUUAAAAAAAUGAAAGGAUUCUUUUAAAAUAUUGUAUUUUCAUUGUAGGUGUAGUAAAUGUAUCACACGGAAAAAAGUGUGAUUUUAUUCGGAAUCGGUCACCUUCUUUCCUUCAACUAUUUUAUAUCAAUCAAUAUUAAAUUUUUUAAACUAUUAUAGACUUGUCUUUUUCCGUCUAGUUGGAUUUACCCUGUGUUGAAAAGAGAUGCAUAACGUAUACAGUAUAGUUAAUUCCUACGAUUGUGCCUUAUUCAAAAUACGCCCAGGAUAAUAAAGCCUUAUUAAUAAGAAUUGAAAUUUUGUACAAAAUCGGCAGUAGAUGUUUCGAUAUUAUUUAGUAUUAUUUAAUGCGUAUAAUUUUAUUUUGAAAACGAAAACGAUAAAAAUACGAUAUACAAAGAACACGUUUAUUUGCACACACACACAUAUAUAUAUAAAAUACUAACACAAUCACUUUAAUUAAAAAUGGGCCCAUCAGCUUUAACUUGUCACCAGCAACACUGAUUUUCAGUGGACCCAUACUAUUUCGGAGUGACAGCUGUAUACACUGAACAAAACAACAAUUUUAGCAAUUGAAAUAUUUUUUUAAUAAAAACAUAAAAUUAUGACACAAUGCAACUAAAUUCCCAACCCAGCCGACUGACAUUAGAAAAAUAACUUUUACAUUAUUUUGAAAGACGUUUAGUGAAUUAUUUUACACAGACAUUUGUCAGUAGAAAUGCUAUAGUAAUUUAUAGUGUUAGCGAUCGCAACUAUUACCAGCACAGUUGUCAUUUGUUUUCUGUAGAAAAAAAUACUACUUAAUAAUAACUAGUUUAAGGAAAUAUUUUCGAACCCAAGCGAUAGUGAACCGCAUAGAAAUAUUUUUAGAGUUUCAGUUGCGAAAAUUACUUUUAAACUAAGCCAUUUUUGGCAAUUUUUUACUGUUUUCGUUUUCUGAAGCGGUUGAUUUGCGUAUUAUGUUAAUAGGUUAGUGCCAUUAGGAAAUGAGAUUGUAGAUAUUGCAGUUUGUAAAUAUUUUGUUAUUAAUGUAGUUUUAAAUGUGUUUUUGCAUUUUACAAACCUUUCGUCAGUAUUAAUAUUUUCUCUAAUAAAAAUUGUAUACCAAAAUAUUUUAUACAUUGCACGUUGUGAGCGCCAAUUAAUGAUUAAAAAUCCAAUUUUUUAUUCUCUACACAUUACUAGUUUUUAUUUGUGUUUCCAAUGCUUUUAACACACCCAAAUGCUUAUAUUUGAAGAUUCAGAAACGAGACUAGCGUUAAGUCUGACUCCCGAAUGUCAAUAAUGUAUUGGAUUUUGACAUACACGAGUUCGCGCUAAGUUUCAGAAUCUCGCCUUAAGUAUUGGUACGUAAGUUGUUGUAGUAUGGGAAAAUAUUGCGCACUUAUUGGUAUGAAAAGCACUUAUAAAUGUGAAUACUUAUUUAAUAAUGGAGGUUAAUGUGUAUUAAUUGUAAGUAAAUUCGCUCCUGGUUACGUGCAAAACUUUUAAUGCAAAUGUAUUGGGGCUCUUUAUAAUUUGUUCAACUCGUGAAGUACAAACUUUUAAUUGCGAACAAAAUUUUAAUUGUGUCCAUGGCUGGCUGUAGAUUAGAUUUUAUUACUAAUUUACAAAAUAUUUUAAGAUUGUAAAAUAUAUCAUAAAUAAUUAUUGUUUGCUUAACACUUUAUACAGUAAUGAUUGUAGUAAAUUUGUAAAAAUGUAAAAUGCCGUACGCAUUUAUUUUGUCAACCGUGUAUAUAUUAUUAAUGUAUAGCAUUUGUAAUUUUUAAUUUAGUACAUAUAAAUGAAUUGCGAUUUUUGAAUGGAAUAAAAUAUUAAAUAUUGAA